AUGACUGUUGAACAAUACCGAAGACUCGUUCUGGUGGGAAAAACUGGAGUGGGGAAGAGCGCUGUUGGGAACACCAUCCUUGGACGAAAGGCAUUUGUGUCGAAGGUGUGUUCCUCCUCUGUCACAGCCGAAUGCAACAAAGCUGAAGGUGAACGACAAAUUGCUGUAAUCGAUACUCCAGGGCUUUACGACACAAGCCUUAGCCAAGAAGAAAUUGUGGAACGAAUCACAAAGUGCAUUUCUAUGUCUUUGCCUGGUCCACAUGUAUUUGUGAUCUGUGUACAGCUUGGAAGGUUCACCAAAGAAGAGAAAAAUACUGUUGAAAUUAUCCAGACAGUCUAUGAGGCAACAAACUACACCAUGGUUUUGUUCACACGCGGUGAUGAUCUAGAGGAUGAUAGUACUGAGUCUUUCAUAAAUUCAAAUAAAGAUUUAUCAGAGCUCAUCCAGACGUGCCACAACCGCUACCACGUCUUCAACAAUAAAAUCAAAGAUGAGAAACAAGUAGAUACAUUUUUGGAUAAAACUGAGAAGAUGCUACAAGAGAAUGGAGGAAGGAAGAAACACGAGGAAAUGGAGAAAGAAAUAAAAAAGACAAUAGAAAAUCAAAUACGCCAGGAAGUUUUCGAGGAAAUGAAAAAAUCUAAAAAGUGGGUGAGCAGAGAGGAGCAGGAGACACACUUGAAGUACCAUAAGACAACAACCGAAGCAGGUGGACUAAAGACUGGAGACGAUUUCAACAUGAGUGGAGACAACACAGGCCGAAGAAUCGUUCUGGUGGGAAAAACUGGAGUGGGGAAGAGCGCUGUUGGGAACACCAUCCUUGGACGAAAGGCGUUUGUGUCGGAGCUGAGUCCCUCCUCUGUCACAGCCGAAUGCCGUAAAGAUGAAGAAACCAUUGGUGGUCGACAAAUUGCUGUAAUCGAUACUCCAGGGCUUUACGACACAAACAUUAAGAAAGAAGAAAUUGUGAACCGAAUCACAAAGUGCAUUUCUAUGUCUUUGCCUGGUCCACAUGUAUUUGUGAUCUGUGUACAGCUUGGAAGGUUCACCGAAGAAGAAAAAAAUGCUGUUAAAAUUAUCCAGAAAGUCUUCGGAGUAGAGGCAGCAAAAUACACCAUAGUUUUGUUCACACGCGGUGAUGAACUAGGCAAUUAUAGUAUUGAGUCUUUCAUAAAGGCAAAUAAAGAUUUAUCAGAGUUCAUCCAGACGUGCCACAACCGCUAUCACGUCUUCAACAAUAAAAUCAAAGACGAGAAACAAGUAGAUACAUUUUUGGAUAAAAUUGAGAAGAUGAUACAAGAGAAUGGAGGAAGGUGUUACACCAAUGAGAUGUUCAAGAGAGUAGAGGAGGCCAUCAAGAAAGAGAAGGAACGACGCCGAAGACUCGUUCUGGUGGGGAAAACUGGAGUGGGGAAGAGCGCUGUUGGGAACACCAUCCUUGGACGAAAGGCGUUUGUGUCGGAGCUGUGUCCCUCCUCUGUCACAGCCGAAUGCCAUAAAGAUGAAGAAACCAUUGCUGGUCGACAAAUUGCUGUAAUCGAUACUCCAGGGCUUUUCGACACAAACUUUACCCAAGAAGAAAUUGUGGAGCGAAUCAUAAUGUGCAUUUCCCUGUGUGCGCCUGGUCCACAUGCAUUUGUGAUCUGUGUACAGCUUGGAAGGUUCACCGAAGAAGAGAAAAAUACUGUUGAAAUUAUCCAGAAAGUCUUCGGAGAAGAGGCAGCAAACUACACCAUGGUUUUGUUCACACGCGGUGAUGAUCUAGAGGAUGGUAGUAUUGAGUCUUUCAUAAAGGCAAAUAAAGAUUUAUCAGAGUUCAUCCAGACAUGCCACAACCGCUAUCACGUCUUCAACAAUAAAAUCAAAGACGAGAAACAAGUAGAUACAUUUUUGGAUAAAAUUGAGAAGAUGAUAGAAAAUAAUGGAGGAAGGUAUUACACCAAUGAGAUGUUCAAGCUAGCAGAGGAGGCCAUCAAGAAAGAGGAGGAACGACGUUUAAAAGAGUUAGAAGACCAAGAGAAGAAGAAAUACGAGGAAAUAAGUGAGGAAAUACGCGCUGAGAUUCGGAAGGAAGCGGAGAUGUCAAAUGACUUCACGAAAGGGAAUGUUAUGGCUGGUGCUGGAACAGGGGCAGCAGUUGGUUCAGUCUUAGGGCCGAUUGGGGCGAUAAUAGGUGGAUUAAUUGGAGGAGCUGUGGGAGGAGUCGUAAAAAAAGCAGUGUGUAAUACAAUAAACUGAUACUGAGGGAUGAGAAUCCAAAGGAGAAAAUACAAAAUACAAAAAUGUUACUCCCAAAU